AUGCCUGGAAGGAAGAACGCCCGCAUGAGACCGCCAUCUCCAUUACUAAAUCCGAUACAAAGCAUCUCAGAUAUCAAUCAAUCCUUCCUCUUCUCACUUCCCACAGAACUGUGGGAUGUGGAGUCGUUGAUAACCUGCCUUCUUCUCCGAAGGCUGUUGAUAUUGUUCAACGAAGGAGAAGUUGACGUGCGGCGCCCAGAUAUACACCCAAAGCAGCACGAUAUGAAAACCGUCUUCCCCUACCUGCGUCAAGUAUUCGACGGUGUGCUUCCCCCAACGAAGUCGAAUCGCCUGCUCGAAGCCUACCACCGCAUAGAUCCUCGUUUGCAGUUGAACGUCGACGAACCGGACCGACAUACGAAGGUCGACAAAUGGGUGUCCCGUCGCGAAAAACAGGGGAUCAUCUGGGAACCUAUGUUCGCCUCCGCAUCAACCCGCCGACGGCCUGACGCCCCUAAGGGAGCGGCAAAGGUAGACGCUUUGAUUGCCAACAAUCCUACCGACCGACGCGACAACAAAGACUCACGGCUUUUGAAGGCGGCGUCAGCAUCCAUACCAUCACGUUCGGCGCCGACAAGUCGCAAUCCUGCUACGCCAAAAGGCGCGCCAUCGACAGACGUGCAGAAUCCACGGCAAGCGGAUAGCGCGCCACCGCAACCGCCUACAUUGAUCGAUUUGGUGCAAUCGCCCACGCUGGCUACCUCUGAGUUCCUCGCCACUCCCAUCGAUGAGGAGAAGAAGCUCGAGAAACAGCGCCUUCGAGGUUGGCGCACGCGCAACGAGCUGAUCGACAAGCAACUCCUUCAAGCCCACGAGAGAACUUCUCUAGCUCUAGAGCGGGCACUCUGUCCACUCUCUACUGAUCGGGGGCUACUUUGGUUGUAUAUGCUGACGCUGCACAACUCUCAUUUCAAUCAAGAGCCGUUGACAUCCGCCCAGCUCGCCGACGCAAUUCCUGUCGCGUUUCCACGCAUCAAGACGACGUUGAACACUGAGUUCACGCAGCAGAUCCUUGAGGCUAGCGUCGGAAUGACGCUCGUAGAGGUUGGUGAGGCUUUUGCACGCGCGAUGAGCACGACCUGCUACAACGAUGUGUACAACCCAGGCCAGUACGUCACGCAGAAUAUGCAACAGGUCCACCCAAACGGCGACCCCCUACAAGAGAACGACGCUCCUCGGGACGGUGGAGAAGAGGCGCCAGAGGCUAACAAUGACGAUUCCAGCCACUUAGGCGAAGACGGCGCAGGCCGCGACGAUUCGGGUCAGCGACGCCCUGUCAUUGACGACGUCAACAAAAAGCAGCAUCACACAGACAUAGAUGAGUGGACCAAGGAAAACAUGAAUGAGAAUGAAGACAAGAACGUUCUUCUUCUUCAUGCCGUGGCUCUACGCUCUUCAAGUCGCAAGCCGGUAGUGCUACAGGAGACUCACGUCAAUCCUAGCAGUUGCGAACCGGCUUCAUUUUCCAGAAUUAAGAACAACCCGUCUGCCGACUCCCCUGAACCGCUUGUAGAUACUAGACUAAACUUCGAAAAGAGUCUCGCAGUGAGAAAUCCCGCACGUGCUUUUAUCACGAGUCGGCCCGGGCAGCACGAGAUCGGGGCUCAAGAUCGAAGUAGUAGAGAGCUUAAUGUAGUAUGUUAG